AUGGUCAAUGGAGACAGUUUGCUUUAUACUGGCUUUAAAGCUAACGUUCUUUAUAUAUCUAUUAAUCUAUCUAUCAAUCGAGCUAGAAGUUUUUGCGUUUUUUUUCUUUUCUUUCGUUCUUUCCAUCGAUCUUUCUCAUUAUUCCGAUCUUUCUUUCUAACUUUAUUUCUUUCUAUCUAUCUAUCUAUCUAUCUAUCUAUCUAUCUAUCUAUCUAUCCCAGUCUCUACAUUAUCUAUCUAUCUAUCUAUCUAUCUAUCUAUCUAUCUAUCUAUCUAUCUAUCUCAGUCUCUACAUUAUCUAUCUAUCUAUCUAUCUAUCUAUCUAUCUAUCUAUCUAUCUAUCUAUCUAUCCCAGUCUCUACAUUAUCUAUCUAUCUAUCUAUCUAUCUAUCUAUCUAUCUAUCUAUCUAUCUUCUUUACAGAAAAUAUUGUUGCGUUUUUAGAGAAGGAAUAUCAAUCCAGUCAUAUAGCACAUAA